AUGGGAGAUUUUGUGUUAACUACAGUUAACCUUGAGCAUAAUCAUGACUUGAUCCCCACCAACUCACGUCAUUUUGCAAUAAAUAAGAAAAUCCUUAGUCCUGUGAAGAGAAGAUUAGAAAUUAAUGAUCAAGCAGGGAUUGGGGUGUCUAGGAAUUAUAACUCAAUGGUUGUUGAAGCUGGGGGUUAUGAGUCUUUAACAUUUGAUGAGCGAGAUACAAGGAAUUACAUUGAGAGACCUAGAAAAUUAAGGCUUGGAGAAGGAGAUUCCGAUGCACUUCAAAAGUAUUUUUUGAGAAUGCACGCACAAAAUUCGAGUUUCUAUUAUAUGAUUGAUGUUGAUACUGACUUUCGCAUAAGAAAUUUGUUUUGGGCGGAUGCAAUGAGUCGGGCAACUUAUGAAGAAUUUGGAGAUGUUUUUUCAUUUGACAUGACUUACCUCACUAAUAAAUAUGAUAUGCCAUUUGCUCCGUUUGUAGGAGUUAACCAUCAUGGACAGUCGAUUUUGCUUGGUUGUGGCCUAUUAUCUAGUGAAGACACUGAUACAUUUCAUAUCAUGAAGAAGAUUCCGGAGAAGUUGAAAGGGUAUUCCCAAUAUGAAUCCAUGAAGAUGGAUUUGCAAAAUGCAGUCUAUGACACUUUCACAAAAGAUAAAUUUGAGAUGAAAUGGAAAGAGAUGAUUGCAAAAUUCAAUCUUUAUGAGAAUUAG